CUCCGACGCCAUUGAUUCCUCAGACAUUUCAGGCCAGAAGAGACGUCGCAAGAUAAGAAGACACAAUGGGUGCCAGCUCGAAGAAGAAGAAGGAGAAGCAGAAGGACUUCCAGAAACCCAAGUUGAAAGUCGGCAAAGCCAAAGCCAAGCCCGAAAACUUCACAGACACCAGCUUCAAAUCGAAAUCAAUAACCCUCACCCAACAAUCCCUCACCCUCAACGCCCCCUCCCAAUCCACCCAAUUCACACACUCGCUCUCCCUCCUGUCCAGCAAAUCCGACUCCCAGCGCCGCGACUCCCUCUCGCACCUCGCCACCGCCAUCGCCUCGCGCCCCACCCUCCCCCCGGGAGAUGUCCGCGACCACGUCCCCACCCUCCUGCCGUACCUUCGCGCCGGCAUGACCCAUCUCGCCGCUGACAUUCGCCUCUCGACCCUCGACAUCCUCGAGUGGUUGGUCGACGUCGCAGGGGAGGAAGUCGUCAGCGCCCCCGGCGGCUGGGUCAAGGUUCUGAAAUGCUUCCUGUCGCUGCUGGGAUGGCACAUUCCCGACCCGGCUGGCGGGAAAUCGAAAUGGACGAGCACCGGUGCCGGCGGGACCUCUAGCUCUGGAUCUGGCUCAGGCACCGGACGCGUCGAACUCGGCAAAGCAGGCAAGCAAGGCAAGGGUCUGAUCCGCGGAUUAUCAGUCCUGGGCGUGUUCUUGGAAGCGGGUCUUGCGCCGCAUUUACUUUCCAGUCCGGGACAGGAUGGAGCAGGAGGCGAGGGGAAUGGGGACUUUCCGAUCCUCUCGGCGGUGCAUCUGGUGCCGGAGUCGGCGCAUCCGUACGCGUAUUUGAAUCUGUUCGGGGCGCCGAGGGACUCGGAUGGCGAGAUGUAUGAGACGCAGGAGGACCGGUAUCGGGUUUUCGUGGAGGGGGGGUAUUUGGGGGCUGUGAAGGGGGGUGUGGAAGCGGCGAGACAGGAGGGUGGGGAGGUGGGCAGGGUGUCGAGUACGAUUCGGAGGGUGUUGGCUUCUCUUUAG